CUCCCUCCCCGGCAGCGCAGGGGGAAGGCGGUGACUGCCAUGCCGAACUCACGGCCCAGGUCGCGCCGGGGCGCCGGGAGCGGGGCCGGGGCCGCGGGGCGUGACGAGCUGGUGUCGCGGUCCCUGCAGAGCGCCGAGCACUGCCUGGGCGCCCGGGACUUCGGCACCGCCUAUGCCCACUACCUGCUGGUGCUCAGCCUGGCGCCGGAGCUGAAAGACGACGUGAAGGAAACUUUUCAGUAUACUCUCUUCAGAUGGGCUGAAGAGCUUGAUGCGCUCAAUCGAACCCAGGACCUACUUGGUUGCUAUGAGCAAGCCUUGGAACUGUUUCCUGAUGAUGAAGUCAUUUGCAACAGUAUGGGGGAGCAUCUCUUCAGAAUGGGCUUUAGAGAUGAAGCCGCGGGCUAUUUUCAUAAAGCAGUGAAGCUGAAUCCUGACUUCAGUGAUGCAAAGGAGAAUUUUUAUCGAGUUGCUAACUGGUUGGUGGAACGCUGGCACUUCAUCAUGCUCAAUGACACCAGGCGGAAUACAAUUUAUAAUGCAGCAAUCCAGAAGGCGGUUUGUUUGGGCUCCAAAAGUGUUUUAGACAUUGGAGCAGGAACUGGAAUAUUAAGCAUGUUUGCCAAGAAAGCUGGCGCGCGCUCUGUGUUUGCCUGUGAGCUGUCCAAGACCAUGUAUGAACUUGCCUGCGACGUGGUGGCAGCCAACGAGAUGGAAGCAGGAAUCACUCUCUUACACAUGAAGUCACUGGACAUAGAGAUUCCAAAACACAUCCCUGAGAGAGUGUCCCUAGUUGUAACAGAAACUGUCGAUGCAGGUUUAUUUGGAGAAGGAAUUGUGGAGAGUUUGAUUCACGCAUGGGAGAAUUUACUUUUGCCACCAAAGGCCAAAGGUGAAAAUGGUAAUUAUGAAAACUAUGGGAAAGUUAUACCAGCAAGUGCUGUUAUAUUUGGAAUAGCAGUAGAAUGUGCAGAGAUAAGAAGACAUCAUAGAGUGGGUAGUAAGGACCUUGCUGGGAUCUCCUUGCCAAUAAAUGUGAAAUUUCAAAGUCCAGCUCAUUCUGUAGAUACCGAAGAAACAGUUGAACCUUAUACAACCGAAAAGAUGAGUCGCAUUUCCGGGGGCUAUUUGGCUUUGACAGAGUGCUUUGAAAUCAUGACAGUAGAUUUCAACAAUCUUCAGGAAUUAAAAAGUCUUGCAACUAAAAAACCUGACCACUUUGAUAUUCCUGUUAUUAAAGAAGGCAUUUUGGAUGCAAUUGUGGUUUGGUUUAUACUCCAGCUGGAUGAGGAGCACAGUUUGUCCACAAGCCCUAGUGAAGAGACGUGUUGGGAGCAGGCUGUCUACCCCAUACAGGACCUUGCAGACUACUUGAUAAAACCUGGGGACCGUGUGAUGAUGGAAGUGUCUUGUCAAGAUUAUUAUUUAAGAAUCCAGAAUAUUAAUAUCUUCAGUUCAGAACAAAUGGAUGUUGGGAAAAGUUUCACCAAGAAGCAGGAUUUACUCCCUUUGGGAAAUGAAGCUGAACUCUGCAGUGCCCUGGCUAACCUCCAGACCAGCAAACCUGAGGCUGUGGAACAUUCGUGUGUAUUGGAAUCCACAGAAAUUGCUUUGCUUAAUAACAUUCCAUAUCACGAUGGCUUUAAGAUGGCAAUGAAGAAAGUGUUGUCUUUAUUGAGCCCCGAGAAACUCUGCCAGGCUAUGGAUACUCACAAUCAGAGUGAUGAGGUGAGCCGCAGUCAGAGCAGUUCUGAACAGGGGGUCGCCGAGCCCUUCUAUGUGUUAGAUGUGUCUGAAGGCUUCUCUGUUCUGCCCGUCAUUGCCGGCACACUCGGGCAGGUGAAACCUUACAGUUCUGUGGAGAAAGACCAGCAUCGUGUUGCACUGGACCUCAUCUCUGAAGCCAAUCAUUUUCCUAAAGAAACCCUUGAGUUUUGGUUGAGACAUGUGGAAGAUGAAUCUGCCGUGUUACAAAGGCCCAAAUCAGACAAGCUGUGGAGCAUAAUUAUAUUGGAUGUCAUUGAGCCAUCGGGACUCAUUCAGCAGGAAAUAAUGGAAAAAGCUGCAAUAUCCAGGUGUUUGUUACAAUCUGGAGGCAAGAUCUUUCCUCAGUACGUCCUAAUGUUUGGGUUGCUUGUGGAAUCACAGACACUGGUGGAAGAGAGUGCCGUGCAAGGAACAGAACGGACUCUUGGGCUGAAUAUAGCCCCGUUUAUUAACCAGUUUCAGGUACCUAUACGUGUAUUUUUGGACCUAGCUUCAUUGCCCUGUACACCUUUGAGCAAGCCGGUGGAACUCUUAAGACUAGAUCUGAUGACUCCAUUCUUGAACACCUCCUACACAGAAGUAAAGGUUCACAUUUGUCAAUCUGGACAAGUGACGGCCAUUCCGUUUUGGUAUCACAUGUACCUUGAUGAAGAGAUUAAGCUGGACACUUCCAGCGAGGCCUCCCACUGGAAACAAGCGGCAGUCGUUUUACAACACCCCAUCCAGGUGGAAGUGGGACAGGAACUUGUUCUCUGUGUCCAGCAUCACAAAAGCAAUGUCAGCAUCACAGUAAAGCAGUGAAAGGAGCUUUCUAGGACAACUGCGUCCGUGGGAGAUAAAGUACAUAAUCUUUCUGGUCUGAAUUAGUGGAAUUGUAAUUAUAAAACUGGUUUAGUUUCUUGUAAUGCAUAUUUUUUAAUAGAUAAUAAUAAAGUACAUUUAAAAUAUCCUAAGGAGUAAAAUUAUUAUAAACAUGGCUGCAGACUUUUCUGGAAAGAAUGUCAAUUUUCCAAAUUAGGAGGCUGUUUAUGUUCGUUUUACCAGCUGUCAGUUAAAUUUUGCUAGACACAUGUCUGUUCUCUAAAGUUACAAAGAUACUUUUUGUUUUACUAUCAGAUAUCAGUAAGUAAAGCCAUAGCUAAUUUUUUUGGCAUUUUUUUUUUUUUCUUAAAUUCAAACUUACAAUUGGAAACAUCAGCAACUUGCUUCUCCUGAAGACUGAUGGUUAUGGUUAUUUGUAAAUUCCCAGUUUUAGAUACUAGGUAUACUUUUUAAAACACUUUCUCAGGUUUUGUGUUUGGGGAAAGCAACCUGGAAGAACUUAAGCUGUAAAGUAAAUGUAAUUAAGAGAAUAAAAGGGGGAAAAUUCUUCUGGAAGCAAGAGUAUCUCUGGUAUACUUUGACAAAGAAACAAAAACUCCAAAGAUUUUUUGAUUUGGAUGCACAGUAAAAGAUAUAAGAUAAUGGGGCCAGUUUUUAAAGACUUGACAGAGGGAGAUUAAUAAGGAAAUGAUGUCUUAUGUACACUGUGUGCUCUGAGCCGCACACACAAAAGAUGUAGUGUCUCUCCACACUGCCUGUUCUCCUAGCCACUAAUAAUAUACCACCUAAUUUUACUUUCAAUAGAAAUGUUUGGAGUAUAAUAGUGGACAGAACAAAAACACUGUAACUAAUGUAAAUCAAUUUAUAAAUGGGUGUGUGCCUGUUAUAAAACAAAGGUUUUGAGAAGUAACACUUAUUCUUGAAACUCACAACAUACUACACUCUGUCAUUGUAAAAUAUUAGAUAUGACUCAGUGGGUUGAUUAGCAAUUAGAGAAACUUCAUCCUGAGUAAAUUUCUUCCCACUAGCUCCUACGUGUCUUGUAUAAUUUGAUAAGACUUCUUAGCUAGAUUUACAUUUGCUGACACUUUGAAAACAGAGGAAAUUCAUACAUCAUAGCUAUCUCAUUUCUUACUCAUUCUUCCAGCCAGUUUUUCUGUUCUUCUCAAGUCAUGGGUAAUCUAAUCUACUAACAGUACCACAAAUGAUUUUUAUAUAGUCAAGUUUUAAAGUAAGACUCUAGAUACUUCUCUGAAUAGGAAUAUACUUUUUAACCCAUAGUUUCU